GUACUGAUAGAUAUCUCAAACAGAGUUCGAAUUUAAUAUUAUAUCAAAGUUUUAUCGAAUCGUGUUUGGUUGUUCCCGGCGUUAUAUCGAGUAUAUUAUCGUCUUUUGUUACUCAGUUUUUGUUAUUUAAUAUUUUCCCAAUUUUCUAAACCAUGCAAAAUUUGUGCAAAGUUGAAUUACUGUACGGCAAACUGUUGUGCAAGACUAAGGCCAUAAACCAACAACCGGUUAGAUACACUAGAAAACCUAGAUGGUUGCCAAAAGCUCCGUCUAAAAUGUUCCGCGUACCCAUUCGACCACAGAUUUCCACCGAUGAGAAGAAUGAACUGUUUCAACUGUUCACCAAUUACAGGACUACCAUGAAAUCGAUACAGAAACAACUGGAAUAUGAACUGGAGACAUCGUUUACAGGUCAAGAGGUGUUGCAAGAAAUCGCUAAUAAGGAAGAGCUCUUAUGGGCAAAAUGUAUGGAUAUCAACGAUAAUUGGAAUGCUGAAGUGGCCAUAGAGAGAGAACAGAGGUUGGCAAAUGAACGUGAGACUCGACGAGAAGAAAUUUUAGCACAACUUAUAGAAAGAGAAGAAGAAAAAAAGAAAAAACUGGAAGCGGUUGAGGAAAUUAUCAGAUUGGAAAAGGAAAAAUCAAAAACUUAUAUUACAAUUGACAACAUAGAUGAAGCUAUUGAAAAAGCAUUAGAUAAUGUGGUUGAUCACAAAUAUGCUUUAGAUUUAGCUGGUAAUAUUAUCAAAGGUAAUAGUCCACACGAACCAGCUACAGGAACAAGCACUCAAAAACUGCGAGUCCAGACAAUCAACUAAUAUUUGUGUUCUGUUAAUUUUUUAAUUCACAUAAACAUGUACAAAUACAGUAUAUAUUUUUUUCUAAUUAGAAUAUAUCAUUUAGUUGUCUAGUUGUUAUUAAAAUUGUUUUAUAAAGUAAUUUGAACAAUAAGAACAUGUUUCAUCAUAAUUUUGUUUAUUUUUAUCAAUUAUUUGAUAUUUUAUACAUGUAUAAUUUUCAUAACAAUAUAUUAUAAUUUAUAUUUGUAUAUUAUAUUAUAGUGUUUAUAUAGAGGGGAAAAAGGUCCUGAAUUAGAUCAGCUAAUAGUUAAAGUGUUUGUGUGCUUAAGAUAUUCUGUUUUGAAAGAGUUUUAAUUAUUCUUUAAUUAUAAAGUAAUAGUAAAAUAAUACAAUAAAUUGCAAUGUAAAUUAUCAAUGGUAGUGCUAAGAAAACUUACAAAAUAAUACAUUCAUGUAUCGCUUUGCUCAAAAUCUAAAAAUUAAAUAAAAAUAUAAACACUUGACUA